AUGAGGCUCAUCUGGGUGGGGCUCUUCGUCCUUGCUGUCGCCUUCGCGGCUGACAAGAAGAAGGAGAAGAAGGAGGAGGAGACGACCAAGGACGAGAAGAAGGAGGAGAAAGAGAAAAAAGACAAGACCACCGAUUUGGGACAUGGCUUCUCCAAAGACAUCGAAUGGGUCGAGUGGAGCAAGGCCGUCGGCGUCGCCAAGGAUCUGAACAAGCCCAUUUUCUUCCUGAUCCACAAGACGUGGUGCGGAGCUUGCACGAACCUAAAGCGCGAGUUCAAGAACUCCAAGGACACCAAGGAGCUCAUCGAGCUGUCGAAGAACUUUGUGAUGGUGAACGUUGAGGAUGACGAUGAGCCUGAGGAUGACAAAUAUGCUCCUGAUGGAGGAUACAUUCCUAGAAUUCUGUUCCUUGACGCCGACGGUGAACCCCUUACCACCAACAACGCCAAGCGCUACAAGAACAACCAAUACUUCUACCCCCUGGUCCCCCAGGUCAUCGACGCCAUGAAGAGGGCCUUCGAUGAGUACAUUGGCAUCGUUGAGAAGAAGGACGACGAGGAGCCGACGCCACCUACUGAGAAGGAUGAAAAGAAGGAGAAGAAGGAGGGCAAGAAGAAGGCUGAAAAGAAGGAAGAGGAGGAGAAGGAGGAGGAGGAUGAGGAGAAGAAAAAGGAAAAGAAGGAGAAGAAGGAGAAGGACGAGAAGAAAAAGGACGAAAAGAAGAAGGACGAGAAGAAGAAGGACGAAAAGAAGAAGGACGAGAAGAAGAAGGAUAACAAGGAAAAGAAGGACAAGAAGCAGGAUGAAAAGAAGGACAAGAAAGACAAGAAGGACAAGAAAGACAAGAAGAAGGACGAGGACAAGAAGGAGAAGAAGGACAAGAAAAAGGCCAAGAAUGAGGAGCUG